GUCGGACCGUCAUGUAAGUACACGCACACUGCUCCAGACAGAGGCUGUUCACUUCAGCCUUCCUGCGGUGCUUUUCUUCCAACACUAAAGGCUCCGUUAUUCCGUCAUAAAGUCAGCAACAAUGGGAAGGAAAAAAGCAACAUCUGAUGCAGAUGCAACUUCAGAGCCAAGGCGUAAGUCUCAAAGGUUGUCAGAAAAAGAAACGCAACCUAAACCACAAGCAGAAAAGAAAAAGGCACCAUCAAAGACCAAGAAGGUGAAGGAGGCAACGAAGGCCAAGGCCGGGGAGAAAAAACAAGCUCGGGCCGAAAAUGAUACUCCUGCAGAAAAUGGGGAAGACCAAGCUGAUGAGGCCACAGGCGCAGCUCAGGCUGACAAAGAGGAGGACAAGGCUGAAGAGGAAGCAACAGAGUAGAUUUAACGGUCUCCUUUUCUUGUAAAAUGCAGAGAAUAUUUUAGCUACGGUUUUCUAAAUUGUUUUUAGCAGGGUAAUUUUUUGUGUGUGUGUUGUUAUAUGUAAACUACUAUAUCACUUACAUUUUCAGAGCUUUUGUAAAGGGAGGCGUGUUCUUUUGUUGCAUUCCUUUAUCAGGACUGGGAAAAGUCUGCUGUGCUUUUAAAGCUCUUUCAUCCUUUUCAGUAUCCUCCUGAGACCCUGGAGAAAAAGUACCAGUAUCUUGGUUUUAUUUUAAUUGUUUCAUAUAAAUCAAGGUUUGGGGUUGUAAAAAUCACACUGCAGAACCUGUUUUGUUUUUAUUAAAUGGUACACAACGGGGCUUUGUUGAUCGAAAGUGUGAAACACUAACACUUUAAGAAAUGACUGUGACAAUUGAAAACUCCACAGAAAUAUUUGUGAACAGAAUAUUAAAUCUUUUUUAUUUUCAUUUAGCCUUUAUUUAUCCAGGUAGUCUCAUGAGCCACGAGAACUCAUUUUCAAGAGAGACCUGUUUAGGGAGCAGAUGGUGGUGGUUUAGGGACCGGGCUCAGAGUGAGGCGAAUGAGGGUGGGGGCAGGUGUGGGUGCUUCACCUACCCCACCCACAUUUUUGAUGUUGUCAG